CCAUGUUGAAAGUAAUACUCCUGUCAGUAUUUAUCCCUCUUUGUCUGGCGUCUACGACCCCUGCCACCAAUGAUAUUGUUUCUGUACUUGCGGGGCGUACCUCAGAAUCAAUUCUAGUCGAUUUGGUGAAGACAGCUGGAUUAGCAGAUGUUUUGAGCCAAGGAGGUCCAUUCACAGUUUUUGCACCAUACGACUAUGCCUUCACCAGACUUGGAAAUGAUACUCUUACAGCCCUCAAGAAGGACCCGAACACACUAGCUGAAACACUCAAAUACCACGUUGUCAAUGGUAUAUACAAACUGAAAGAUCUUCAUGUUAAUGAACUCCAACUAGACAGUUUGGCAGGAACCAAAAUCAGAAUCAACUAUUAUUUUACAGCAAGGAGACAUGUAACAGCUGAAGGUUCUAGAAUUCUUAGAUCAGACAUAAUGGCCAGUAAUGGUGUCGUUCAUAUUGUCCAUGACGUCAUGAUGCCACCAGCAGGAAGUAUUGUUGAUGUUUUGACAGCUGAUGGGAACUUCUCCACACUUGUAGCUGCAGCUAAGGCCGCUGGGCUUGUCGAGAACCUGCAAGCAGGUCCUUUCACUCUGAUGGCACCUUCCAAUGAUGCCUUUGCAGCUUUGGGAGACAAAGUUAACAAGCUUCUGGCUAACCCAGAUCUCCUGAAGAAGGUCUUAUUGUAUCAUGUUAUACCUGGAACAAUUUACAAGGACGGUUUACACUCAGGUUCCCUCCACACUUUAGAAGAAGCAGAUCGUGAGCGAAUUUCAGCUUCAUUCUUUGGUACAACUGUCCAUGUUGAUGGAACAACAAGCGUCAUCAAACCAGAUAUCAGCGCCACCAAUGGAGUCGUCCACAUGAUUAACCACGUGCUCAUUCCAAGCUCAUUGAGAACACAAAUAAUGAAUUUGUAAUUACGUUAUGAAUAAAAUGUUUAUUUAUCUA